AUGGACAAGACGGUUGUUGGCGUAAAACGUGAUGAGAAACGUGAGGUUGAGCUGUUUGGCGAGCCACGAGAUCAAGGCUUCGUGAAGGGUGGACGUGAUCUGGACUUGGAGCGCGUCUUCAAACGCGACUCGUCGUCAGAAAUUGGGAUGACGCGAUCCUGCUGCGUCGGUUUCGUGAAUACGACUUCCAAACGCAUGACUAGCGUUCGGUUGAGCGUGGAACGUCGGAUGAGCAAGGAUCUCCCUCGUCCGUACUUCGACGAAGCUUGGCUUGCGAGAAAAUCAAUGUUCGAGACAAAGGUAAGCCUUCAGCUACAGGACUCAGGUAGUACUAGUAGUACUAGUGUUCCCUGCUUCACAGACCAAGACCGCGCGUCUGAUCCUUCUCGCAGAAUGACUCAUAUCGUUGGUCUCCUGCAACAGGCAAAAGAUGUCUUAAAUGGCAAUAAAGCCAGGCACAACUUUGCGACGUUAAAAAAGAACGCCAGACAGGCGUUUCCGUCGAUAACUCUCCCAAAAAGUAAUAGACGCAGCGAUGGAUUCGUCCCUCGAGCCCUCAAAGGCACGCUUGGUCCUGCAUUUGAGAAUAAACGACGACUCCGAUGGGGUCGGGUCUCCCUAAUCGAGGGCGCUGAAGUCGUCGUUGACGAAACAGGCAAGACUACCAUCGGAGAGGUGGUUUCAGCGGUCUUGCCGCUGCUCAACGAGAGCUGCUUGCUCCAGGAUAUCGAGCAUGACAUUGCUAUCCAGAUGUCCCAUGGGAGUAUCCCCUUGACACAGAGAGAAACUGCCCGCUCAGAUUCGAGGGAAUUCGAGGUGAGGGGGGAGUUAGUUGAUGGGCCCGUCCUCCUCAAAUCUUAUACCAAGCUAGUGGUGCACAAUGCCAUUGAGACAUCAGCGACGGACCAGUCCUCUUCGACCCCAUGGUUGGCGACGAAGAAGCGCGACUCGAUCAAACCAAAACCAACAGAUACGUCCUCGAAGUCCUCGGCAGGGUUGGCGACGUCCGAACUUGCCGACGACGAUGAGUACCACAAGGUGGUGAUCAUCGUCGACCAAUGGGUCGAUACUCACAAGCCCAGGUGGUCAAAAGCAUCUGUUUCAUGUAUUUCGGGUAAUGACCAAGCUUACAGCGAACCAUCCUAUCAACCGUUCGUCAGCGCAAACUGGAUGCUACAGACAGGGGCCAAACUUACCGAUAGCGACGUCAAGGGCGUGCUGUGCCGCCUCCACAUCUGA